GAACAAGAAAGAAAAAAAAAAGGAAGAGAAGAUAUGAGAACAAGAGGGAUAGUUGUUAGUUAAGAGAGUCUUUUACAACUCAUAUUGUCACCAACAGAUUUGGUCUGGCAGAAAGAGUGUAAAACAAGAGUGAGCCCUGAGCCUGAAGGAGGUUGAGAGAGCACGUGAGAGAAAGAGCGAGAGAGAGAGAGAGCAGAAGAGGAGGUGUGAAGAGUGUCCUCAUCAGGGCUUAAAGCAUAAAAGUGGACGGGCAGUGAAGGAGAAGAAGAAAAGGAGGAAAAGAGGGAGAGGGAGUGGGAGUGCAACCCGAUCCCAGGACUUACACACUGCCGGCAGUGAGAACGCUUGCCUCAUAACUUCAACUACUGCUGUUGCUACUGACGCUCCGUUUUCAUCCAACACUCAUUGUUUUGGGCUGUUUUUCACUUUCGUUUCUAAUUCUGUAGACUUUUCUCCAAAGACGAUUUGUUUGACUGUUACAUCACUGAGCUGAAAAAUUACAAGCAGGCGACAACUUCAUCAGCGGGACUUGAAUUUAUAAUCAAGGCUGUAUCAGAGCCACUGGGGGAAUCUAUCUAGGAAACAAGGGGUCAUCAGAUCAAGAGUUUCACUGUAGGACCAAAAGAAAACAACGGAUGGUUGAGAGGUUUCCUAACGACGACCCGUGAAAAAGUAUAUAUCAGAACCAACUAAGAAGCAUUUAAGAAGCAGUAACUUGCACACAGUGCUUGUCAUUGUGUCCAUGUAGCAGUCGUUCUCCUAAGAGCAAGAAGUCUUCAGGACAGGGAGAGAAAGACGGGGAUUUCAGCCAGACCUGUGGUCUUGAACAAGUACUCCUGUGUGUGUUUGCCAGCAGAGAAGCAACACUGAAACCUGCAACUGAAAGCUUGUGUUUGGAGCAAAUGCUUAUGUAUUCGGUGUUUAUUUGUGUUCCAGUGUGGCCCUGACAUCACAUGUGCUCAGACCCUGGGGAGCGCUGCUUUGCGUCCACCCUCUGAGUAAGUGUGUGUGGGAGAGACAGCAAGAAACAAGAGUGAGACAGAUCGGCUCAUUUGGCAAGGGCGAAGUGAGGGAUAGUCACACACAAACUCUCCACCUUUGCAUGUGUACUGUCUGGGUUCAGGAGACAAACAGACACUGUGUGUCCUGGGAUUUCCCUCCACUAAUACACCCCAGCAUUCAUUGAGACCAAUAUUACAGGUGCUUUCCAUGAACUGUUUCAUCUUCAUCAGUAACAUCAGGAAACAUCCCAGUAUCUCCUCACCAAUCAGCAAGUGACUGUUUCAUCGCUGUCACGCUUGACGUCGGCCUUACCUGUCACUUUUUAGCCGAGUCGUGUACAUUUCUGAAUUAGAUCACCAUCACCAUGAGGCAACUUUGCUUGGCACUAGCUGUUGUUUGCUUGGCAUCUGUAGCUGCUGCCAUGUCCACCUGCAAGACUUUGGACCUUGAGGUGGUGAAGAGAAAGCGAAUCGAGGCCAUUCGUGGACAGAUCCUCAGUAAGCUGCGCAUGGCCAAGGAGCCCGAGCCUGAAGAGGAUGACAAAGAAGAUAACAUCCCAGUCAGUAUCAUCUCACUCUACAACAGCACCGUGGAGACCACCACAGAUCAGCAGAGCGAGCUGGUUCCUGCCUCGCAGCAACAGGAAGAAGAGGAGUACUUUGGCAAAGAGAUGCACAAAUUCGACAUGGCUCACUGGGCCAGUAAUUAUACAGAUAAAAAGCAGCUGUUCUUUAAUGUGAGUAAAAUGAAGCAGAGCAUCAAGGACUACAAACUCCUGACACAAGCCAAGCUCAGGCUGCGUGUGAAAGAUCCCACAAUCCAAAGCGGCAUGUCUCAGAGACUGGAGAUCUACAAGGGUCUGGGCAGUUCUGCUGAAUACCUGGAUUUCUAUGACAUCUCUAACGAUUUGCUAAACAAAUGGAUUUCCAUCGACAUAACAGAAACGGUCAAAGAGUGGCUCCAGUCUUCUGAAAACGAACAAGGAUUUGAGCUGAGGCUGUACUGUGGAUGUAGGAUGCCUGUGGAGGACUUCAAAUUUUCCAUCUCAGGUUUGACAAGUUUUAGAGGAGACAUAGAAACUCUUGGCGGCUUAAUGCCCAAGCCGUACAUUCUGGCCAUGUCUGUUCCUUCUGACGGUCAUAGCCCCUCUUCACGCAAAAAGCGGUCACCCACACCAGAACCAGCAUGUGAUGAAAAAACCGAGACGUGCUGCAUGCGGAAACUCUACAUCGAUUUCCGGAAGGAUCUCGGCUGGAAGUGGAUCCACAAGCCUAAAGGAUACUUUGCCAACUACUGCAUGGGCUCGUGUGCCUACAUCUGGAACGCUGAGAACAAAUACUCACAGAUUUUAGCUCUUUACAAGCAUCAUAACCCCGGUGCUUCGGCUCAACCGUGCUGUGUACCUCAAGUCCUGGAACCUCUUCCUAUCAUGUAUUAUGUGGGCAGACAAUACAAGGUGGAGCAGCUGUCCAACAUGGUAGUGAAAAGCUGCAAGUGCAGUUAAAGGUUUUUGAAGUUCCUUCAACUCGAGUUUUCUCUCCUACACACACAUACACACACACACACAGUGAUGGGGACUGAAGGUCUCUGAGUGAGAGAAAGGACCUAAAGAAGAGAAGCAGACCAAGUAAUGAAAAUGAGUAAAGAAGACUUCUGAAUUCUAGUCGUCAACGACAACCUAGUAGAUGUACAACAACAACGCCACCACCAACAACCAAAAUGUAUACUUCAUUUCAUUUUAGAAUUCAUUUCACUGUUGUAUUACUAUUAAUUUAUUGUCGCAUAGGACAAACUGCCUAAAUUUUAUCAUGUCUCAUAAAACUACAUGGCAGAAAUACACUGCUGAUUUAUUUCCAUAUGGUGCUGUUGGAAAAAAAAAAAAAAGGGACUAGCAGCGUCCACCCGAGGACAGUCCGUCCAGUGUUCUGGAGAAAGUAUAUAAAUGAAUGUGCUUACCAGCAAAUACCGAGAUGUUUGCACUAAUUCGUGGACACUGAAUCCCUAGAGGACAGCAACGUGGACCACAAGGACAGUUGACCUCGGGUUCUUCGGAAACUACUUUUAAAAAUAAAGACAGAUCCUUCUGUCGUUAUUCUGGACAGCUAUAUGUGAAACCCCCCCUGCUAAUAAAGGGGGCUUUACCUUGACUCCUUGACUGAAGGUUUCAUUGUGCUGCCGAUCCUGUGAUUUUAAUUCUGUAUAUUUCUAACAUGUACUUAGUCAAACUCAAAGAGCGAAACUUUCUUAUUCUACACAUCUAGUCAGAGUAUCAUUUAAGACAUCUAGAUACCUGUAUGCAUGAAGCGACACAAAGAGGGUAGGGGUUUGCACGACUACUAAUUUUUACUAGUUGACUAGUAAAACGUAUUUGACUAGUCGUCUUUUCCAGGUGAAGCGUAAGACUUUCAGGAUGUCUCUAUUUCAAGGGUUUUUUUUUUUUGUAUGUCU